CGUCUCUGAAUCGUCGAGGCGUACGGUACUGAAAGCCGGACAGCAACAGGCCACAACAAAACGCGAUGCGGUCCUAAUUAUUCGUGUCGCCAAAAAACUACAACUAAAUUACUAAAAAUAAAUACAAAACAAAUCUAUAACAAAAAGAAAAAAACGCGCAAAUUAAUAGUUUUUGUUCGCCAAGGAGGAGAAAAUAAAUAGAAAUUAUAUUAUUUCUUCCAUUGGAAAUUUUCGUAAUAAAGUUUUGUUGUCGGUCGUCGUUUUGUUAAGUGCGUUGCUGCAAACGUUGUGUAUGUGUUUUGUUAAUUACAAUUUUAAAUUUUCUGCAUAAAUUUGAAAUUUUUACACAACGCGAUUAUUUCAUUGUCUGACGCGCGUUGCCAUCGUCCAUGAACAUCGCGCGUGAUGCACAUAUGAAAGAAGAUCUAUAAGAAAGUUGAGCAAAAGAAAUAGAAAAGAAGUAAUAGUGAUACCAGUAAAGUUCCUUAACACACUGAGUCAAGGAGACACAAAGAGCAAGAGAGAAAGAGAGAUUGGAAAAGUGCAACAGAGUCAUAUUCCAACUAACGGCCCAGCAACAACAAUAAUAGUUCCUUGUUAGAAAGCCAAUCUAUAAAAUGAUUUCACACAGUCCACCCAUAUUCAGUCACAGUCCACCCGUUAGUUUCUUAGCGGACUACAUGAGCGGACAUCAGCGUCAAACAUUGAACUACAAUGACGAACCCAACCGAGCGUCGCGUUAUUGUCGUCCUCAGGCUGUAACUCUGGCCUCCAAAGCCAUGGUCAACAAUGCAUCCAAUGCGGCCCAGGGCCAACAGUUGCCCGCUAAGACCGGCGGAACUCCGCUUGGCGUCGGCAGUCGCUCCGGCCGUAGCUACUUGGAGCGCAUGGUGUCGGCGCCAUCGCUUAAUACACAGCCAAAAUCGUGCCUUAGCCGUAAAUCCUGCCUGCACAAAAGCAACCAAAGUUCCACUAAUCAAACCACAAAUGCUGCCCCAACGGAAAACGUAGAUGUUACCGACAGCAGCAACAACAGCAGCAACAGCGGCAAGAGUUGCAACAACAGCAGCGUUAAAUGUAGCUCCAAUUGCAACAAAACUAGCGACAUCGAUGGCGUGGCACACUGCGAGCAAAGUCGCAAAAAGCAUGUGAUCUUUGCGGACGAUGAGGGUCUAUCGCUAACCGAGGUUCGCGUCAUGUCGGAACCCUCGAAUGUGCCGCCCUAUUGGAGCAUGAAGUUUUUGGAACAAAUCACACAGGGCUUGGUCAGCCCGCAUCCGCCAGAUCAGUGGACCGUGGACUUCAAACAGCCUGCCUCCGACUAUCUGACAUUUAGACAAAAGAUCGAGAGGGACUUUGUGUCGCUGGAGAACGUCAUUGUCAAGGAUGAGGAAUCGAUUGUGGUGGGCACCAUUAAGGUGCGCAACAUCGACUUCCAAAAGGAGGUAAUUGUGCGCGUCACCUGGGAUGACUGGAAGAGCCAGCAGGACAUAUUCUGUACAUUUGCCCGGGCCUAUGGUCCUUCCACGUGCGCUCACGUGGUCUUCGAUACAUUCUCAUUCAAGAUCACGCUUCCGCCAUCCUCCAAGCGUCUGGAAUUCUGCAUAUGCUACCGCUCAAACGAUAACGAAUACUGGGACAACAAUGAUGGUAAAAACUAUACCAUCAGCAAGAGAUCGCCCUUCUACUAUAAUGCUCUGUCGCCCUAUGAUAAGGGACAAAAUCGCAAUUCCAGUCAGCAAUUGCGAUCGACUUUAACGGAUGCUUUGUCCAAGGCCCAGCAACAGAGCAACUGGACCCAGGAGACCAAUACGCCCUAUUGGUAGAGAACACUGCACAUUGAGAUUUGAGAGUGUAAAUUAAAGCUAACUGUAUGUAGCUAUAAACAGGUCUGUCCGGCUGGAUACGUCGCGUAUGGGGAUCCACCCAUGAGGGUCUAAGAGGACCUUCGACUGUUCAGCCCCAAGUGGAAUUGAUUUCCAACUGACCCGUCCUAGAAUUGGCUCUGAGGUGUUUGUACGCAGGGGGGGAAGAGUAAAGAAAACUCAUCAUUUUUAUAACCAUAACCAGAACCUGGUACCUGGUAAUCCCAAAAUGUGCCAUUGACUUGAGGUACAAUCAAACAGAAACUACUUUAAAAUCUAAGCUAAAAUCGAGUUUUAUAAAAACCAACUCAAUGGAAUUUCAAGAUCAUAUCUUUGUAGUACAUAUGUUAUAUCUCUAAAGAAACAAACAAAUUGUUCUAUGUUUGAUUGUCAAGUUUUAAUUUUCAUAUCAUAUUUUUUUUCGCUUUUAAUUUUUUAAUUUGUAUUUUAUGUUUGCCUGUAUGUGUGAUUGAUUGUCUACUAUAUAUAUAAACGUGUAACUGAUAUUAGUUUAGAAACGAAACAAGUCAAAAACAAAAGAUUUAAAAAAAAAAAACAAAAA